GGACAGACAGCAUUAAUGGAGGCUGCCAGGUUUGGACACCUGGAGGUCUGUCGUCUCCUCAUUGAUACAGGAUGUAAGAUCGACACCACAGCAAGAGAUGGAGAAACAGCUUUACAUUGGGCUGCUGAGAGAGGACAUCUACAGAUCACAAGAUGUCUGGUAGAAAGAGGUGCCAGUCCCUUGGUUACAACACAUGAGGGUAAAACUCCAUAUGAUCUGGCAGCAGCAAAACUGAAGUUUGAAGUAGUGGAAUACUUGCAGUCUGUCAUGUCAGAGAAAUCUUCAGGUGUGACUGCUGGACAAGAGAGAGAAGAUCCAAUCCACACACAGACAAAGUCUGCUAUGUUAAACAGGUUACUUGGCAGUGGAACGUAUGUUUCCUAUGACAUGCGCUGUAUGGUAACAGGCCAGUUCGCGGUCGGAAAAUCUAGUCUUGUCAAGCUCUUAGCUGGUGAUGUCGUCCCAGAAGGAAGACAUCCUACCGAUGGGAUUUCCCUACUGGAAGGUCGCUGUGGCCUUGAUGUAGAGACUAGAAGCUGGAUUUAUAUUGAUCCAGAAACGUAUGACGCUUUAGAUGUUGUUUACAAUAAGGUUUUGAUGACUUCAGUAGAAGAGGAUGAAAGAAAAGAAGAAAAAACACCAAAGAAACCACAUUUACCAGAUUCAAACCUUGUUAGAAGUGAUGGUAAAGUGAUGACCGCUGGUCCCUCCCAACAGCCUCUAGCAGCCAAACCUUUGUCACCUAAAAAAUCUGACAGUGUCUCCAAGAGAAUACCAGAGUUAAAAACACACAUGAAAUCGAAAAUGACAAAAGAAGAAAUAAGAAAGAGAAUGGAAAAAGUCCUUAAAAGUGGAGACUACAAGAUGAAAGUUGGAAGACUGAUUUUUUGGGACUUUGGUGGACAGUAUGUUUAUUAUACGACACACCAAACCUUCAUGACGUUCAGAGCUUUGUUUCUUGUGGUAUUUGACGGAAGUAAAGGAUUACAUGAACUAGUCCCAGAUGUUCUGUGUUUUCCAGGGCAGCACAUGACACCAACACCAGCAGUAUUCCUUCAACAUUGGGUUAACUCUAUUCUAACAUAUUGUAAGGUGGUAUAUGUAGGCAUUCCGAAGAUCUUAUUUGUUGCCACUCACAAAGACCAAAUACCAGUGGAGGAUGUGGAGUCCAGGCGUGAGGAGUUGUACAAUGGAGUAGAGGAAUUGUUCAAGGACCACGAAGGACGAAACCAUCUUGUCCUAACACAACGGAUAUUUGUCAAUGCAAGGGAUAACACAGAUACAGAAAUUGAAGUCCUGAAGAAAGCCAUCACAGAACUUACAUUUGAACAUCCUUGUUGGGGGGAGAAGAUGCCCAAUGCGUGUGUUCCCCUUGAACUCGAGAUUGCAGAGCUGGUGGCAGAAGGAAAACAAAUCUUAUCAUUGAAGGAUGUAGAAGAAUUGAAUGCUAUAAGCAAGGUGUCUGUAUUGUCCCCAGACCAACUCAAAGAUUUCCUAAAUUUCCACCAUUCCCUGGGGAAGAUUGUGUACUUUGAGACUCCACAACUAAAAGAUUUUGUAAUCAUCAACCCCUUACUCAUGGUGGAGGUUAUGAGGUCUUUUGUGACAGAUAAAGUUUUUUGGCCAGAGGAAAAGAAAAUUCAUGAAACUUUUAAAAGAAUGUCAAAAUAUGGGACCAUAAGACGGGAAGACCUCUACCUAAUCUGGGAGCAAAAAGAUUUCAGUGCAAUAUUGCCAUACAAAGAGUUUAUAUUUAACAGCUUGAUUUAUUUAGAUAUCCUAGCAGAGCAACGGAGAUAUGAUACAUCUACAGGAAGUCGGUUACCAGUGGAAAACUUCUUUGUUCCCUGUAUGGUUACAGAGAGAAAUACCACCAACUUCAUGGACAAAGAAUGUACACCAGAGAGAGCUAUAUGCUUAGCAUUUUUAUUUAAAGGCACUAUUAUACCCCCAGCCCUACCAAAUCGUCUGAUCAGUGCAUGUCUUAGCAUGUGGACUCUGAAGCAGUAUGAAGGGAGACAACUCCUGUUCUCAGGAUUUAUUGGUUUAUCAUUUGACAAAUCACAUGACAUCGUUGUAUGCGUUGAGGGCAACAAGAUUCUCCUUUACAUCAUUCACAGAACCUCCUCCGGGUUAAUCGUACCUGAUAUAGCUACAGGUGUUAAAGAAUGCCUGGUUGUAACAAUGGAAAGAAUCUCAGAUUUCUACCACUCCACAGUCCAUGCAAAACGCAGCCAACAAUCGCCAUUUCACAUUGAAUAUUCAUGUUCAAAUUUAAAAUGCUUCAUCAGUGCAGAAGAAGCCAAGCAGACCAAUGGAUGGAUUUGUGACAAACAUAACCAAACACACAAAAGAAGACACUGGCGUGUUUGGAAUCAAGAUCAGACAAAAGAACAGUGUGAAGAGGAAUGUCAAGGUUUAAGCGAUGACGCUUUAAGCAAGACACCAAGUGAUAUUGAACUGUUGCGUUUUUCAAACCAUUGCGAAUCAAAUAAAAUGCAUGAAUUAGUUACACAUCUUGGAAUGCUUAGGAUAUGGAAAGAUGUUGAAUACAAUCAUCCUAAAGAUAUACAGGUUGCCAAAUUUUUACUGUUAUCAAAGUGGAAAGAGAUGAAAGCUAAAUCCAAUUUCAAAACUUUGUCAGAAGCUCUGAUCAACAUGGGUAUAUCGACCCAUGUUUUGUGUCAAGUAAGAAGAAUCAUCAAAGCAGAAACAGAUAUUCCAGCAGAUUACUUGGAUUUCAUUCCAACAGAUGAAAUUCUAGAUACAUUAGCUCCAUUAAUUGGUCAAGUGUUUUUCCAACUUGGCACUGAAAUUGAACUGUCAAUUCCUACCCUAGAAAAUAUACAGAGCAACAAUCCUUCUGACUUAGCAGAACAGAAUAGGGUCGUAUUAUUGAAGUGGAGAGAAGACCAACAAAUCAAACCUACAAUACGUGUCCUUAUGCAGGCUUUAGUUAACAUAGGGAGAGGUGCACGUUGUUUAGAAGAAGUUUUAAAGAAUAUUGAUCUGAACACCCUUAUAGUUUCACAACAAUCGAGAAGUGAAGGUGCAAUUCUAAAGAAACCAAAAAUAAAAUCAGACCAGGAAUCACAGAGUCAGCGAAAGUCACAGAUUGAUCUGAACCCAUUGACAGGUCCACAACAAUCGAAAAGUAAAGGUGCAAUUCCAAAGAAACCAAAAAUAGAACCAGAACAGGAAUCACAGAGUCAGGGAAAGUCUGAGAAUGUUGAUCGAGACACACUAAUAGGUUCACAACAAUCAGAAGACAAAGGUGCAAUUCCAAAGAUACCCAAAAUAAAAUCAGAACAAAAACCACAAAGUCGUCGAAAGGUGUUCAAGAAAUGUUCAAUAACAUGAAUAAGGCACAUAUAGAGAAUCAUAAAAAACAAAUGUGCAUUUGAAUAGGGAAAAUAUAUUAUAGGCAAAAUAAGUGUAAAAUAUUGUGCAUUAUUAAGCUUCAUUGUUUAAAUGAUAACUUAUGCUGUUACUUUUGUAUUUCAUUUGUUCCAUGAGCAUUCAACAUAUCCAUCCCUUGCUAUUAAAUUGUAUUAUACCUCCGUUUUAAGAAAGUGAGGGUUUACUGUUUUACCUCUAUAUGUCUAUUAGACCAUCCACCAGUCUAUCUGUUAGUCCGUAAGUCCGAUUGUAACAGGAAUAUGUUGUGUCACAUCUUUCUCAGGAACUACAUUUAAUGCAAGGAUUUCUGAAAUUUGGUUUCAGGGUUUAUAUACAUAUAAUUUGUAUAAGUCAGCCAUACCGUUUGAUGCAACACUUACAUAGUUUUACACAUGUCAUCCAAGUUGAACUUGUUCUUCACAUUUUUCUCAUGAACUACAUUAUGAGGAUUUCUGAAAUUUGGUUUUAGGGUUGAGUUAGAUAUACUGUGUGCAGUGUUUUCAGAUUCAUCAUCAAACAUCUUCCUGAUAACCGUCAAGUAUUUUGUCGGGAGUAUCAUCAAGGAGCAGAAGCUCGCAGUUUCACUUGUUUUUUGUUAGGUUUAACAAAAUUAUUUGUCUUUUCCAUUGGAAAUAUCUAAAUGAUUAGGCAAAAAAAUCAACUUUAAAGUAGGGAAUAUCACAGUUGUUUUUCAUGUGCAAGAUGUGUUCGAUGUGUUUUAGCGUUUGAUUUUGACAUACAGUUAGUGACCUUUCUGUUAUAAAUUUUCUUUGGAGUUCAGUAUUUUUGUGAUUAUACUUUUUCUGGUGUAUGUGCUGCUUUUUGUCCUUUGUUGUCCUUUUUAGCUCACCUGGCCCGAAGGGCCAAGUGAGCUUAUGCCAUCACUUGGCGUCCGUCGUCUGUCGUCGUAAACUAUUUCAAGAAUCUUCUCCUCUGAAACUACUAGGCCAAAUACUUCCAAACUUUAACUGAAUGUUCCUUAGGGUAUCUUGUUUAUAAAAUGUAUCCGAAGUUUUGAUCUAUCAACAAACAUGGUCGCCAUUGCUAGAAAUAGAACA